CCUCCCCUUCAGUCUUGCACAGGUGUAUUGGCUCUUCCCCUUCAGUCUUGCACAGGUGUAUCGGCUCCUCCCCUUCAGUCUUGCACAGGUGUACCGCCUCCUCCCCUUCAGUCUUGCACAGGUGUACCGGCUCCUCCCCUUCAGUCUUGCACAGGUGUACCGGCUCCUCCCCUUCAGUCUUGCAAAGGUGUACCGGCUCCUCCCCUUCAGUCUUGCACAGGUGUACCGGCUCCUCCCCUUCAGUCUUGCACAGAUGUACCGGCUCCUCCCCUUCAGUCUUGCACAGGUGUACCGGCUCCUCCCCUUCAGUCUUGCACAGGUGUACCAGCUCCUCCCCUACAGUCUUGCACAGGUUUACUGGCUCCUCCCCUUCAGUCUUGCACAGGUGUACCGGCUCCUCCCCUUCAGUCUUGCACAGGUGUACCGGCUCCUCCCCUUCAGUCUUGCACAGGUGUACCGGCUCCUCCCCUUCAGUCUUGCACAGGUGUACCAGCUCCUCCCCUACAGUCUUGCACAGGUUUACUGGCUCCUCCCCUUCAGUCUUGCACAGGUGUACCGGCUCCUCCCCUUCAGUCUUGCACAGGUGUACCGGCUCCUCCCCUUCAGUCUUUCACAGUUGUACUGGCUCCUCCCCUUCAGUCUUGCACAGGUGUAUUGGCUCCU